CCAAUCCAUUCAAUCCAAGCUACAUUUUCUUCCCUCAGUUGAAAUCAAAGUGCACAAAAUCAAACAUGACUCUCCCAAUCAUGAAACCACUCCUUUUCUCUCUUACAACAGUAUCACUUGUUUCAAUCACAAAACUCCUAUAUGCUAAUCACUUUCAUAUACCUUUCCCUCCUCCAUCUCUUUCCAUUGCUGGUGUCACCAUCAUCUCUGCUAUCAUCCUAUACUUGUUUUCCAAAAACCACUCUUCUCAUCUCCCUCCAGGCCCUCUCUCUAUCCCUGUAUUUGGCAACUGGCUACAAGUUGGCAAUGACCUCACUCACCGUCUCCUAGCAUCCAUGACAAAAACCUACGGCCCCGUGUUCCUCCUCAAACUUGGUUUCAGAAACUUGGUUGUGGUCUCUGAUCCUCAACUCGCCUCCGAAGUCCUCCACUCCAAAGGCGUGGAAUUCGGUUCUCGCCCGCGAAAUGUAGUGUUUGACAUCUUCACAGGGAAAGGCCAAGACAUGGUUUUCACCGUGUACGGUGAUCACUGGCGAAAAAUGCGCAGGAUCAUGACACUGCCAUUCUUCACCAACAAGGUUGUCCAGAAUUACAGCAGCAUGUGGGAGCAAGAGAUGGACCUUGUGGUCCGCGACCUCAAUGCCGACCAGACAGUGAGAAGUGAAGGGAUAGUUAUCAGAAGGCGGCUGCAGUUAACGCUCUACAACAUCAUGUACAAGAUGAUGUUUGAUACCAAGUUUGAGUCCUUAGAAGACCCUUUGUUCAUUCAAGCCACAAAGUUCAACGCUGAGAGAAGCCGUUUAGCACAGAGUUUUGAGUACAAUUAUGGAGAUUUCAUCCCAUUGCUAAGACCCUUCUUGAGAGGAUACCUGAAUAAAUGCAAGGACUUGCAAGCCAGGAGGUUGGAAUUUUUCAACAAGAACUAUGUUGAGGAUAGAAGAAAAAUAAUGGCUGCCAAUGGGGACAAGCACAAGAUAAGCUGCGCUAUGGAUCAUAUCAUAGAAGCUGAGAUGAAGGGAGAAAUCAGUGAAGAGAAUGUGAUUUACAUAGUUGAGAACAUUAAUGUUGCAGCAAUAGAGACAACAUUGUGGUCCAUGGAGUGGGUAAUAGCAGAGGUUGUUAAUCAUCCAAUUGUUCAAAGCAAGAUACGUGAAGAGAUAUCAAGUGUGCUUAAAGAGGAGCCAGUGACAGAGUCCAAUCUACACAAACUACCAUAUCUACAAGCCACUGUGAAAGAGGCAUUGAGACUUCACACCCCAAUUCCUCUGUUGGUGCCACACAUGAACCUGGAAGAGGCAAAGCUAGGAGGGUAUACAAUUCCUAAGGAAUCUAAGGUGGUGGUGAAUGCUUGGUGGCUUGCAAACAACCCAGCAUGGUGGAAGAAUCCAGAGGAGUUCAGGCCAGAGAGGUUCUUUGAAGAGGAAAAUGGGACAGAUGCUGUUGCAGGAGGGAAUAAGGUUGAUUUUAGAUAUGUACCCUUUGGUGUUGGGAGGAGGAGUUGCCCUGGGAUUAUACUUGCAUUACCAAUAUUAGGACUUGUCACUGCAAAGUUGGUGUCAAGUUUUGAGAUGAAUGCUCCAAAUGGGACAAAGGUAGACAUGACUGAAAAAGGAGGACAAUUUAGCUUGCACCUUGCCAACCACUCAACAGUGUUGUUCCAUCCAAUUAAAUAGGAGACUUCAUUGGUAGAUGAAGAAAUCGCAAGUCCCUCCCUAAGUUUAGCAUCUUUUCUACUUGCAUUUGUUUUUCUUUCUAUUUCAUUCACUCUAUUGCUUAUUAUAUUUCUCUUUCAAUUAUGUUGUAAAAUUGUUCAAAGGAAAAA